AAGCGCGCGUCUACGACGUGGCGCGCGAGACACCGCUUGAGCUUGCGCCGAAACUCUCCUCCCGGCUCGGCAGCGAGGUAUGGCUCAAGCGCGAGGACCUUCAGCCGGUCUUCUCGUUCAAGCUGCGCGGCGCCUACAACAAGCUCGCGUCGCUCACGCCUGAGGAACGCGCGCGGGGGGUCAUCGCGUCGUCGGCCGGCAAUCAUGCGCAGGGCGUGGCGCUUGCGCGCGCACGGCUCGGCGCUCGCGCGCUCAUCGUCAUGCCGGAGACGGCGCCCCGCAUCAAGGUGGACGCGGUCGAGCGGCUGGGCGCCGAGGUGCUCCUCGCGGGCGAUACGUACUGACGGCGCGAGAGAGCGGGCGGAGGCCCUCGCCGCCGAGCGCGGGAUGGUCCUUAUCCCCCCCUAUGACGACGAGCACGUCAUCGCAGGCCAGGGCACGGUGGCGAUGGAGAUCGUGCGCCAGCAGGGCGAGGCCUUCGACGCGAUCUUCGUGAGCGUGGGCGGCGGCGGGCCUCAUCGCCGGCAUCGCCGCUUACAUCAAGGCGCUGUGGCCGAGACGCGCAUCAUCGGUGUCGAGCCACAGGACGCGCCGACCCUGCACGCAGCGCUCGCGGCGGGCGAGAGGGUCGUCCUGGAGCAGGUCGGCACCUUUGCCGACGGCGUGGCGGUGAAGCAGAUCGGGGCCGAGCCCUUCCGCAUCGCACGCGAAUGCAUCGAUGAGGUGGUGCUCGUCUCGACCGACGAAAUCUGCGCGGCGAUCAAGGACAUCUUCGAGGACACCCGGGCGAUCGCCGAGCCCGCAGGCGCACUCGCGGUCGCAGGGCUCAAGCGCUACGUCGAGCGGGAAGGCAUAGCGGAUGGCCGGCGCUUUGCCGCCAUCGUGAGCGGCGCGAACGUCAACUUCGACCGCCUCCGCCAUAUCGCCCAGCGGGCCCAGCUUGGCGAGCAACGGGAGAUCCUGCUCGCGGUCACCAUCCCCGAGCGCCCCGGCAGCCUGCUCCGGUUCUGCGAGCUUAUCGGCAAGCGCUCGAUCACCGAGUUCAACUAUCGCUAUGCCGACGACGCGGACGCGCACAUCUUCGUGGGCGUGGAGAUCAGCGGUACCGGGGCAGACGGGCAGUCCCUCGUGGAUUCGCUGGAGCGCGACGGCUAUCCGGUGCUCGACCUGACCGACAACGAGAUGGCCAAGCUCCACGUGCGCUACAUGGUGGGCGGCCAUGCGCCGGGGGAGCUCGACGAAGUCCUCUAUCGCUUCGACUUUCCGGAGCGUCCGGGCGCCCUGAUGCACUUCCUCACCCAGAUGGGACGCAAGCCCUGGAACAUCAGCAUGUUCCACUACCGCAACCACGGCUCGGACUACGGCCGGGUGCUGAUCGGCCUGCAGGUACCGCAGGACGAACGCGGGAAAUUCCGGUUGUUUCUCGAGCAGGUGGGCUACGACUACCGCGAGGAGACCGCCAAUCCCGCGUACCGCCUGUUCCUGCGGUGA